AUGUAUAAUAAUCAGCGAAAUAUUCCAGUCAAUGCUACAUGGUCACAGACAGGUGUCACUGUCGCUGGAGGAAAUCAUCAAGGUAAAGAGACUCAUCAGCUGUAUCAUCCGCAUGGUUUAUUUGUUGACGAUGAACAAACAGUUUACAUUGCUGAUUACACCAAUGAUCGAAUUAUCAAAUGGGAAUUGGGUGCGACAAGUGGACAAGUCGUUGCUGGUGGUAAUGGCUACGGAGAUCAAAAUCAUCAAUUGAGCCAACCUUCAGAUGUCAUCGUUGACAAAGAGACAAAUAGUCUCAUUAUAUGUGAUACUGGCAAUCGAAGAGUUGUUCGAUGGCCUUCUCAAUGUGGAAAAAACGGUGAAACACUGAUUUCUAAUGUCUUUUGUACUGGUUUAACUAUGGACAAUGAAGGAUCACUUUAUGUCGCCGAUACGGGACUCAAUCAGAUACUAAAAUAUCGAAGAGGUGCAACUCAAGCAGACAGAAUUGCAUAUAUUUAUGAAGAACAAAAUUAUCUGGAUAAACUAUGGAAUAGUUCGUCGCUUUUUGUCGACCGAGAACACUCUGUUUAUAUAUCUGACCCUAGUAAUCAUCGGGUAUUGAAAUGCAAACAUGGCGCAAAACAAGAAAUUCUUGUCACUGGUGGUGAAGGAGGAGGCAGUCUUUGGGAAUUAUAUAGUCCUCGAGGAAUCGUUGUCGAUCAAUCGGAGACCAUCUACGUGGCUGAUGAAUUAAACAAUCGAAUUAUGCGUUGGCCUAAAGAAGCAAAACAAGGGAGUGUUAUAAUUGGUGGAAAUGGAAAAGGAGAUAGCUUGAACCAAUUAAAUUAUCCUAUAGGUUUAUCAUUCGAUCGUUAUGGUAAUCUCUAUGUUGUUGAUUCCGAUAAUUCUCGUGUUCAACGCUUCGACAUCGAAGUUCGAUGA